CUCACUGAAGCUCCUCAAUGUCCUGAGCUGCUAUUGAAGUGGCCUUUGUGCCUGGACAGCCUCGAUGCUCCCUGUCCCUGCUUCUUGAGGAGAAAAGCUCCUCUACUCCUCCACCGUUAGGACUCCAGGAUCAGUGACGUGACCUGCAGGAGGAAGCAAAGAGCCAGCUUCAGCUGAGUUCCUGCCUAAAACCGCCUCUGUGGGUCCAAUCCCUAUAGCUUCAGGAUGGUUUCCGUUGUUCUGGAGGUGACCUGCAGCCUCCUUGUCUGGCUGUGCCUGUACGCCUGCUUCUGUUACUGGAACCAGCACCAGUCCUAUGAGUGGAGCUGCCGCUUGGUCACCCUGCUGCACGGGGUGGUUGUCACCUGCCUCUCUGGUUACGUCGCCCUCUUGGAUGGCCCCUGGCCUCUGACCCAUGCAGGUUCACCAAACACACCUCUUCAGAUCCACGUGCUGUCCCUGACCUUGGGUUACUUUAUCUUUGACCUGGGCUGGUGCCUCUAUUUCCAGACAGAAGGGGAUCUGAUGCUGUUCCACCACACGCUGAGCAUCUGUGGCAUGAUCAUGGUGCUUGGGCUUGGGAAGUCUGCUACGGAAGUCAAUGCUAUUGUAUUUGUUAGUGAGAUCACCAACCCACUGCUCCAGACCCGCUGGUUUCUACGGGAAAUGGGACGUUACUACACUUCCCUGGGAGAGGUGGUGGAUUUCUUCUUUGUGUUCCUCUUCUUAGUGCUGAGGAUUGGGGGAGGAGCUCUGAUAUUGUAUGCGAUGGUGACAUCCCCUGAUCCCAGCUGGCUCCUCAAGGCUGGAGGCCUGGCCAUGUACAUGGUUUCUUUGGGGUUCAUGGUUGAAAUCUGCCGCUUCAUCAGGAGGAAAAUGUUGAAAAAAUAUCAUUCCUGGACAAGCCGGAGGAGUACAAAUGCGCCUGUGGAAACUAAUGGGCGCUUGGCAGCUCGUUAA